AUGUUGAAAAACAUUUUUUUUUUUUCGUCAUCGGGAAAUACAAACAAGACCACUAAAGUUGAGAUGAAAACACACAACAUUAAAGCUACUGUUCAAGUCACUGUGACGCGAGUGGAAAAUAAAAUAGAAAGUGGGGGGUCUGUGAAAGUGAUUUGGGAACGUGGAGAUAAUAAUGGAUCAACGAAAGUGAUUAGUUUGAAUUCUGAGAUUCAAGAAACGUUUUCGUUUUUGUCGACGUUCCAACACACAAAAAACGGAUUGAAAGAAAAAGUCAUGAAAAUCACACUUUCGGCGAGAAAUACGAAUGUGGGAUCAACUACUAUUAAUCUCUCAGACUUUUUCGAACAGGCAGGCGACUCACAAAAAAUCAUUGAAACCACAAAGGCAGUAUCACAAAAUAAUACUAAAAGUAACUAUUUGAUUCAUCUCAAAAUUGCUUUUGUCUCUUCGUCAUCUGCUCAAUCUCUACAAUCUCCACCACUGGCAGAACAAACUAUCAGAAAGGACGGGAAAAAGGAGUUGAAAACUACAAAAAGUUCCUCAGUCAUCACUAACAGAAAGGCAAUCGAGGUCAAGCACAGGAGAGGAGCUAAUACUUCCCUUGACACGUCCGAUUUACCACAAUUGGUUCAACCACCGCAAUUGAAUAAACUAUCGAUGUCGACGGUGUCACCAUCAACUGCUGCACCCGUGUCAUCUCCGCAACCUUUCAACGAAAGUGCGUUGACAAGAAAACAAAUGUCAAUGAUGAGAAUGAGAAGGUCGACGGCAGACUGCUCACAAAUUAAGUCUAAUCUGGAAACAUCAAAAAGAAAAAGCAUAAAGCAGAGCGGCGAUGUGCUGAAACCCGAAGAAGAACAACUGAUCGCCGACAUGAAGAAAUACACUUCGUUUUUAGAAAUGGAGGAAAAAGCAAAAACGUCAGAAAACACAAUUUUGGCGCAAAUGGUUUACUCAUCCCUACCACUUGAUGUCUUCACAAUGUCAAAUGGACUGCCUCCGAUUGUUUCAAAUGAGCUGUACGGAUUUGUUGUUGCAGACAUUGUUCCAAUUAAGUCGUGUUUUUAUUUAUACUCGACACUCAGCAGACUCAUUGUGUUAUACGAUUCACUCGCGAAGAAACAACGCAACGACUUUCUCUUCUUGUUUGUCAAUGAGCUGCAGAGGUCAUUGAUGGCAUGCCACGGAAGAUUGAUGGAACUUAUUCGCGCAAGAAUGGUGAAAGCAGUUGAGGAGUGUUUCAGGCUCAAUUGUAAUGAACGUCCGAUCAUAAAAGAACUGAUGUCAAUACUCAUGAUGGCAAGAGAUUGUAGACUAUCAACACCAUUCAAAUCAAUAUUGUUGAACGACUCUUUUGUGUUGUUCAACAGCUGUAUGGGGGAGGAAGUUGUGAACGGCCAUUGCACAAUGAUAACUGGUGUGCAAAUCCAGGUUUUAGUUGGGAUGGUUGGUGAAUUGGAGGUGAAGUGGAAAAAUGACCUACCAGAGAAAGACAAUUUGGUUGUUCUUAAAGAAAUAGGAAGAGUGUUGAUGCUCUCCCAGAAAAUUUUGUUGUCAACUGAAGCUCGUCUCGACGUCUGUCCUCAUUUAACGGACGAUUUGUUGAUCAACAUUCUUAAAGAUGUUUUGAAAAAGCAAAACGACCAAGAGGUUUCGCAAACAAUCAGUUUGAUUGAAAGAAACAAAGGACAGAUAAGAGUUGAAUUUUACGAAUUUGGACUUCCAGAACUCAGAGAAAAUCGGUUGAGGGAUGUAGUGAAAGAAGCUGUGGGAUAUCCGUGGAACGUUUAUGAUCUUACGGGAACGCCUCUGGAAGGGAAACCAUAUUUGAAGAAAUUGGUUUGA